GCUGUUUUCGGCAGCUGGUCUCUGUCGCGCCGACUGGGGUGGUGAAUAGUGUAAUUAGAAAUAAAGUGCUGUUAGUUCGGCGCACUUUUCCCCUUUUAAUCCAGUCUUUAGGAUUUGGUUUCCUCCCCAGCUAGAAUUCAAACUUUUUCUUUUUGGACACCAUCAUGAAAAUCGAGUUUGCACCUUUGAAUAUUCCUUUCACCAGGAGACUACAGACAGCCGCCGUGGUCCAGUGGGUGUUUUCUUUCUUAGCUCUGGCCCAAUGCUGUUUAGCGGUCUUCAUUCUCUUGUGCUUUAGUGACUACUGGCCCCUGGCAGCACUCUAUGUUGGCUGGCUUUACCUUGACUGGGACACACCUGUCAGUGGUGGUCGGCGAUGUCAAUGGAUUCGCAACUGGAAGGUGUGGACGUAUUUCCAUGAUUACUUUCCUAUCAAGUUGAUAAAAACAGAAGAUUUGGACCCCAGUCGAAAUUAUUUAUUUGGAUUUCAUCCACAUGGUGUUUUGGUGGCUGGUGCAUUUGGAAAUUUUUGCACAGAAGCAUCUGGUUUUACACGCUUGUUUCCUGGAUUGACUCCAUACCUGCUCAUGUUGCCUUUCUGGUUCCGUGUGCCUUUCUACCGUGAUUACAUUAUGAGUGGAGGCUUGGUGUCUUCUGACAAGCGUAGUGCCAGUUACCUUUUGAGUAAGAAAGAGGGUGGUAAUGUGGCUGUUGUGGCAGUUGGAGGUGCACCAGAAUCCCUGGAGGCCAGACCUGGUGCUCUGACUCUGCAGGUGUUAAGCAGAAAAGGUUUCAUCAAGAUGGCCAUUUCUAAUGGGGCUAAUCUUGUUCCCGUUUUUUCCUUUGGGGAGAAUGAGCUAUUCAAUCAAAUGCAAAAUCCACAGGGUUCCAUGCUGCGCAAUAUCCAGGAACGUCUGCAGAAGAUAAUGGGUGUUGCUCUACCUCUCUUUCAUGCCAGAGGAGUAUUCCAAUAUAGUUUUGGGCUGUUACCUUUCCGGAAACCUAUAUUUACAGUUGUUGGCAGGCCAAUACCUGUUCAAAAGAACCCCAACCCGUCAAAGGAAGAGAUUGACAAACUUCAUGCCAAAUAUUUGGAAAGCUUGAUCCAGCUAUUUGAAGAGCAUAAAGCUCAGCAUGGAAUUGAAGAUCACAAACAUCUUGUCUUAAUAUAAAAGCAAAAAAACAAUCUUUUCAUCAAGCAAUGGAUUGUAUCAACAAACUUCCAUCCAGGAUGUCUUGAAUUGAUGGUUGUGAGGCAAUGGUGGGUUAUGAAGUUUUGGUUAUUCCAACAGUAGUUCUCUAUAUGGCGAGCUCAGGAAAGCACAUCUCUGCUUUAAUUGUUGAGGCUGCCUUUUGGCAUAUGGCAAAUGCUAAAUAUCUACAGAGACUUAUUUUAUGAACACUUGCACUUUUUUUUUUUUUUUUUUUUUUUUUUUUGUGCAUACACAUUUAAGUAGCAAACACUCUGAUAGUAAAAAUCACAGGAAUUGACUCAAGUUCUUUACCUACAGUGUUGUGGAAAUAUUACUUAAAGAUGUUGUCUAACGUGCAGCCUAAAAUGAGCCUGCCAGUAGGUCUCAGUGUUUUCAUUCUAAGAUAACCCCAGGUUCUUCUUGUCCAAAUGUUUCUUAUUUGAUGGGAUGAUCCAUUAUCAUCCUGUUGUGGCACAGACUACAUUUUGCUGCUUUAGUUUUGGUUUUGUCAGUGAAAACAAACUUCUACUGCUAUUUGUUUCCAAUAAUAGCUUACAGUUGAGGCAUGGGGUUCCACUCUAGCUGUUUUGAAAGGGAUUGUUGCCUAUAUCUUAAAACGCAACUGUUUUGUCACUAAACUUAAUCCUUCAUCAUAGGAAUUACAUUAUCAUCUUAACAAGGUAGGAUGACAUAAGCAAAUUCCCUUUUUAAAGCAAGGACACUUGUGUACAUUUUUAAAUAAUGUGAAGGAUAUUACCCAGUUACUAUUUUAUGUAUGUUUGCCAUUUUUUUGUGCCAAGGUCAGCUUUGUUUUUGGAGGGUGGGUGAGGAAUCAAAAUCUACCCUCUUCUUAAACAGAAGGCACUUUACAAACCUUUGGUUAAAUUUGUUGACCUGGAAAUUAAGUGUAAACUGUGAAUGACAAAAGGGAAUAAAUAUGAAAUAUAUUUGCAGAAA